CCUAAAUAUACAAUUCUUCCCAGCCCCUAUCCAAAACGUGUUUUCGUCCUUCACUCAGACUAACAACCGUACACGCCCCAACCAUGCCCGCCCACGCCCUCUCCAAAGCCCACAAAAUGAGCUACCGCAUUGGCCGCGGCGAAACCCUCGUCCUAACCUUCGAGCCCUAUAAAUCCGAAAUUCUGCCUCUCUGGCGCUUCCGCACCCCAACCAUCGCGCGACAAUCCUCAGCCGCCAUCUACGCGAAGUUCCUCGAGUACAAUGACGCAGACGACUUCGUCGGCAUGGACAUGAGCCGCAAGUUCCUGCAGAUGGGCAUGACGCGCGCGAAGCGGUAUGCUAAUCAUAAAGGGGGAAGGAAGUACGACAAAGAGACGGGCGAGGAGCUGGAAAAGAGCAAGGGUCAUGAGGGCAUGGAUGAGAAGUUGGAGGCUAGUGAGAUCUUCAAGGGGGUGUGGGAGAGGGCCAAGGCGUUUGAGGGGUAUGUGGAGAAGAAGGAGAGGUUUCAGAAGGAGCAGAAGGAGUGGGAUAAGCAGCAGAAGAAGGGAGAAGAGCAAAAGACAGCAAAAGACAAAGGUGAAAGAGGAGCCAAAGGAAUGAUGACCGGAUAGUGUUCCCACUCACUAUGCUGCUGGGCUUCGGUUCCGCAUUUACGGUGCAC